GCAGACAGCAGAACCUUUGUCCUUGUCCUGAAGAGAGAGAGGAAAGUAAUAAAUAAAGAUAUAUAUAGAGAGGUGAAAAUAAAGUAAGACAUUUUAGACAGAGAGGACGUGAGGGUUGUUGCGGAGUUAUCUGCAAAGCACAUUCAGAGGAAAAAGAAGAAGGUGAAGAAGUAAGAGAGGCCGGAAAACCCUAGUCCUACAAUUGAUUCAUUUUGCCCUUCUCUGAAGACCAGUAAGGCUAUGUAUUUUCCUCUCUUUUUUGAUUUGGAAAUGAACGAAGAAAAUUCCAUGACGUUGUAGAAAAUCAAGCUGUAGUGCUUUUUUUGUCUCACAUUCACCUGCAUUUAGAUAAAGCUGUUAUAGGGUUGGAUCUUUGCGCAGGGAGCUAAAACUUAGGGUUUAUUUCGGGUUUUUGUCACGUGGGGGUUUAUAAGAAAAAAGAGCUUCUCUAUUGGGUAUUUGUGUAUUUUAUCGUGCUUCUUCUGCUGUAUUAAAAUUUGGGUUUUGUGAUGUUUGGAUGAAGACAUUACUUCGUACUGAUUUGAAGGUUAAGAAAUUUGAGGGGUGAUAGUGUAAGUUGGGGCCCUGGGUGAGGUACUUCAUGAAUGAUUUGAAGCAAAAUUUAGUGCCAAAAGAAAAUUGAAGAAGAAAUAGUUUCUGGGUAUUGUACUUUUCAUCCAAAUAACGACCUUUACCUGUUGAAAGAGGAUUUUGGGACAGCCUGUAACUUUUUGCGGUGAAUUUAGACGCUUCGGUUUGACAUCUGAUCUUUGCGCUGGAGCGGUUAGGAUUACCGGGCACUAUGUCUUCCUUAAGUAGGGAGUUGGUGUUUUUGAUUUUGCAGUUCUUGGAUGAGGAGAAAUUCAAGGAAACAGUUCACAAGUUAGAACAAGAGUCUGGCUUUUUCUUCAACAUGAAGCAUUUCGAGGAUCAGGUCCAGGCGGGUGAAUGGGAUGAAGUUGAGCGCUAUUUAUGUGGCUUCACAAAGGUAGAGGACAACCGAUAUUCAAUGAAGAUUUUCUUUGAGAUUAGGAAGCAGAAGUACUUGGAAGCUCUUGAUAGGCAGGAUCGAGCAAAGGCUGUUGAGAUUCUUGUGAAAGACCUUAAGGUUUUCGCAUCCUUUAAUGAGGAACUUUUCAAGGAGAUCACUCAUUUGCUUACUCUCGAAAACUUUAGGCAAAAUGAGCAGCUUUCCAAGUAUGGAGAUACAAAAUCGGCUAGAAACAUCAUGCUUAUAGAACUCAAAAAGCUAAUUGAGGCAAACCCACUGUUUCGUGAUAAGCUUGUGCUUCCAUCCUUCAAAAGUUCGCGACUAAGGACCUUAAUUAACCAGAGUCUAAACUGGCAGCAUCAACUUUGCAAGAAUCCUCGUCCAAAUCCUGAUAUUAAAACACUCUUCAUGGAUCAUUCUUGCACUCCAACGACUAAUGGAGCUCGUCCUCCUCCUACAAACAGCCCCCUUAUGGGGCCAAUUCCUAAGGCUGGGGCAUUUCCACCUAUUGGUGCCCAUGGUCCUUUUCAGCCUGUUGUUUCACAUUCUCCUGGUGCUAUUGCUGGGUGGAUGUCAGGCACCAAUCCUUCUUUACCUCAUGCUGCGGUGGCAGCUGGCUCACCUGGUCUAGUGCAGCCUUCUAGUGCAGCUGCAUUCUUGAAACACCCAAGGACUCCCACUGGUGUAACAGGCCUAGAUUAUCAAUCUGCUGAUUCGGAGCACUUGAAGCGAAUUCGCAUUGGCCAGUCUGAUGAGGUGUCCUUUUCUGGUGUAAUGCAUACUCCUAACAUCUGUUCACAAGAUGACCUUCCUAAAGCUGUUAUGCGUACCCUCAGUCAAGGAUCUAAUGUCAUGAGCAUGGACUUUCAUCCACAGCAACAAACAAUUCUUCUAGUUGGGACAAAUGUUGGUGACAUUAGUGUAUGGGAAGUUGGGUCCCGGGAAAGGUUGGCACAUAAGCCUUUCAAGGUUUGGGAUCUCUCAGCUGCUUCUAUGCCAUUGCAGACAGCUUUACUCAAUGAUGCUGCGAUAUCGGUGAAUAGAUGUGUUUGGGGGCCAGAUGGACUUAUGCUUGGCGUUGCAUUUUCAAAACAUAUUGUUCAAAUAUAUAUGUACAAUCCAACUGGAGAACUGAGACAGCAUUUGGAGAUUGAUGCUCAUGUUGGUGGUGUUAAUGAUAUUGCGUUUGCUCAUCCCAACAAGCAACUGUGUAUUGUCACAUGCGGCGAUGAUAAAAUGAUUAAGGUAUGGGAUGCUGUAACUGGACGGAGACAGUACACUUUUGAAGGCCAUGAAGCUCCUGUAUAUUCUGUCUGUCCUCACUACAAAGAAAAUAUCCAAUUUAUUUUCUCUACUGCCAUUGAUGGGAAAAUCAAAGCUUGGCUGUAUGAUUGCUCGAGAUCUAGAGUGGAUUAUGAUGCACCUGGACUUUGGUGUACCAUGAUGGCAUAUAGUGCGGAUGGAACCAGGCUCUUCUCAUGUGGAACAAGUAAAGAAGGCGAGUCUCAUCUAGUUGAGUGGAAUGAGAGUGAAGGGGCAAUAAAACGGACAUAUUCUGGUUUUAGAAACCGCUCCUUAGGUGUUGUCCAGUUUGACACAACCAGGAACAGGUUCUUGGCUGCUGGUGAUGACUUUCAAAUCAAGUUCUGGGAUAUGGAUAAUACAAAUAUGUUGAUAGCUGUUGAUGCAGAUGGUGGAUUGCCUGCUAGUUCUAGACUGAGAUUCAACAAAGAGGGGUCGUUGUUGGCAGUCACUACUAGUGACAAUGGUAUCAAGGUUUUAGCCAACAAGGAUGGUGUGCGCUUGAUAAGGAUGUUGGAGAGCAGGGCCACCGAUAAAAGUCGAGGCCCUUCUGAACCCAUUAACUCUAAGCCUCUGCUUGGUAACUCCUUAGGCCCAUUUGCAAAUGUUUCUCCUGCUGCUGCUCCAACACUGGAACGUCCUGAUAGAACUCCUGCUGUAUCUGUCAGUAGUCUUGGGGACAGUAGCAGGCUUCUGGAUGUCAAACCACGGAUCUCAGAUGAUGCAGACAAGAUUUUGAGCUGGAAAGUAUCUGAUAUUGUGGAAAAAUCUCAACUCAAGGUUCUACGAUUGCCCGACUCCAUCACAGCAGGGAAGGUUGUACGACUGAUCUACACUAACAGUGGCCUAGCUCUACUGGCCCUUGCUUCCAAUGCUGUUCAUAAACUUUGGAAAUGGCAACGUAGUGAAAGGAAUCCAGUGGGAAAGGCUACCGCGCAUGUAGUACCACAGUUGUGGCAGCCCCCCAAUGGAACUCUUAUGAGUAAUGAUGUAAAUGACAGCAAACCAGCUGAAGAGUGUGCUGCAUGUAUUGCUCUAUCUAAAAACGAUUCUUAUGUCAUGUCUGCAUCAGGUGGGAAGGUCUCUUUGUUCAACAUGAUGACAUUUAAGGUCAUGACAACAUUUAUGUCCCCACCUCCUGCAGCGACUUUUCUGGCAUUCCACCCACAAGAUAAUAACAUUAUUGCUGUUGGAAUGGAAGAUUCUUCUAUUCAAAUCUAUAAUGUCAGGGUUGAUGAGGUCAAAACCAAGCUUAAGGGUCACCAGAAUCGGAUUACAGGGCUUGCAUUUUCCCAAACCUUAAAUGCUUUGGUUUCUUCAGGAGCUGACACACAGUUAUGUGUCUGGAGCAUUGAUGGGUGGGAGAAGAAGAAAUCAAGGUUCAUUCAAGCACCAGCUGGUCGUCAAUCUCCACUGGUUGGAGAAACUAAAGUUCAGUUCCAUAAUGAUCAGGCACAUCUGUUAGUUGUACACGAAAGUCAAAUCUCCAUCUACGACAGCAAGCUCGAAUGUCUGCACUCAUGGUCUUGGUCUGCGAAAGACACAAAUACAGCUCCCAUCUCAAAUGCAAUAUAUUCAUGUGAUGGUCUACUGGUUUAUGCUUCAUUUUAUGAUGGUGCUGUUGGAGUUUUUGAUGCGGAUAGCUUAAAGAUCAGGUGCCGAAUAGUACCUUCUGCUUACAUACCAUUCUCUGCUGCCAGCACCAACCCAGUCUAUCCUUUGGUCAUAGCUGCUCAUCCAUCUGAGCCUAACCAGAUUGCACUAGGCAUGAGCGAUGGAACCGUACAUGUGGUGGAGCCAUUAGACGUAGAGCAGAAGUGGGGUGUCCAAUCCUGUCAAGAUAACGGGUCAAUACCUUCUAAUUCAUCGAAUCCUUCCCCAAGUGGUCAAGCAUCCGAACUUACUCCUAGGUGAUGGGGCCUUAAAAAAAAAAAAGAAAAAAAAAGAAAUUUGCAAUCACGAGGAAGUAUAGAGUGUUCUUAAAUUUUCAAGCGUUACCACCUUAA